CAAGAACAUCGUUUGUCUUCGGUCACAUUUCAUUCGACCAGAAGCGGGCCAAGCGUGUGGGCAGCAGACAGUGCAGAGCUUCUCCAUUUACCUAUGCAGGAGAAUGAUUUAUCACGACCAAGAAUCAAGAUGGCAUAUUCGUCCUUCGCCAUGAGUCCUCGAGGACCGCAGCUGGUUACUGCAUGAGCAAUUUCGGUCGGCCGGGAACACGCACACCUGCAAGAACACUCUUGUCCUCGUGACCUGCCGUGAGUUCUGAGUUCGGUGCUCCUCACGCUAAGAAGUAGACUCAAGAAGGGCGAAAGGAAAGAGAGGUUCCGCACUUCUAGGUCGCGUUCAUUGUCGUGGGCUGUCAACGACCGAGGACUCCUGCUUUCUAGUUCGCGACACAGACCACGGAUUCAUCUUGGUGGCAAGAACAAAACACACAACGAAAAUCAUGCCGGACCGCGGAAACGGUGCGAACGGCUGGACAGCCGAUGAGGUUUUCAGUACCAUGAAACAGUCGGCAUUGGCCUAUGACGACAUUAUCCUCAUGCCCGGGCACAUUGACUUCGGGGUACUUAAGAUGAUAGAUAGAAAUAAUAGGGCUCUUUUUCGUACUGAGUUUCGCAAGAUUGACGGCGACAGAAGCCGGAAUUGCUCCAAAAAGACCGCUGAUGAUGUUGCGUAAGAUUGCACAACUCCGACUGCGCUCCUGUCCGAUUUCGUAGAACUCAGCUACUUAAUCUUAAAAAUCGUUUCACUCCAUCUACUCAGGUAGAAAACGUCGACCUUUCCACCCGGAUCACGCGAAAUUUGGAGGUGAAAACACCAAUCAUAUCCUCUCCCAUGGACACCGUGACAGAGGCAGAAAUGGCCAUCGCCAUGGCGCUGUGGGGCGGUAUCGGCAUCAUCCACGGGAACCAGGACGUGGAAACGCAGUCGCAACAGAUUUUGGACGUGAAAAGGUACGAGAAUGGGUUCAUCAUGGACCCUGUGUGCAUGACACCGAACCAAACCAUUCGCGAUCUGGACAAAAUGAAGGAGAAGCGGGGGUACAGCUCCGCACCAAUCACCUCCACGGGCGAGUUUGGCGGGAAACUGCUCGGCAUUGUCACCAGCCGGGAUAUUGACCUGGUGGAAGAUAGAAAUUCCAAGCUUUCCGAGGUGAUGACCACGGAUUUAAUCACCGGGAUAGAACCAAUAUCCCUGCAGAAGGCCAACGAGAAACUGCAGGAGGCGAAGGUGGGCAAGCUGCCCAUCGUCAACAAGGAGGGCGAUUUGGUGGCGCUGGUUUCAAGGACAGACCUGAAAACCAAUCGAGAAUACCCGCUGGCAAGUAAAGACGCGAAUAAACAGCUGCUGGUACGAACAUUUAUAGACAGGGAGACCAUGAUGUCUAAUCGCGUGUGGUUUGCAUUUUUCCGAUUAUUUCUUCCGAAUCGAUUCUUCUUCGUUGUCAGCACUGUGGUCCACACGAUGCAGAAGACCUGUGAUGCGGAAAUCGAAUUGAAAAUUCGACGUAAAUUCAUUCAAAACAGGUCGCUGCAGCGAUACCCUGUCUGUCCCACGGCGAAAACGAAGACGCUUUUUACCGGGCACAGAGAUGCGUACAAUGUGGCGUUGAUGUUUUGUGUUUGGAUUCGGACCAGGGGGACUCACAGGGGCAGAUCGACUUACUGAAAAAGAUCAAAAAGUCUUUUCCAGGCAUAGACGUCGUCGCCGGAAACGUUGUCAGUUGCAGACAGGCUAAGGUACCGUAUGAAUAUAAGGUGUUGCAGCUCCAUUCACUUUUUCAUUCGGUAUGCACGGACGAGAUUUGUAUGAGUGUUCGCUUCUCUCCAUGCAGAUAAAUGGCGUCUUGCAGUAUCGUACCCCAAUAAUUCUGAUCCCCAUGCUAGUAAAUUACAAUGAUCCAAACCGCGCCCCAAACCAGGCUCUUUGCGACGCCGGAGCGGACGCCAUAAAGGUGGGAAUGGGUAGCGGCUCAGUUGCCAUGACCGGCGAUGUGGCGGCGGUGGGUAGACCGCAAGCAACUGCGGUUUAUACGGUGGCAAAAUACGCGAGAGAAAAAUACGGGGUGCCGGUCUUGGCCGGUAAGAAGGGAAGAUGUUUUAUUGUCCUGCGACUUGUUGCAACAAGGGCGUGGUGUUCUUGGGACCACGUGGUGGUGCUACCUAUCUACGUGUAUUGAUUGCUAUCAUUCGAAGCAUUCCUUUUCUUCACAAAAAAAAAAUUUCCCAGAUGGCGGUGUCGGUAACAGUGGGCAAAUGAUGAAGGCGCUGUGUCUUGGCGCUGCCGCUGUGGUUUGCGGAUCCAUGCUCGCGGGAACAGAAGAAACGCCGGGAGACUAUUUCUACCACAACGGCCUCCGCGUGAAGGCGUUUCGAGGUGAUACCACAUACAGUAACAUUGAGGGACUUUACUUACUUUUUCGCGCAUUUUAUUCGCUCUCCUGGUACGACAAGGAACAGGAAGUGGUGUGUUGAGAGAUAGACGAAAAGCGGAUAUCGAAAUGCUCAUCUCGAUUAUGCUCUCUUCACCUCGUAGUCCAGCUCGAUAUAAUUUCCUUUCUGUAUGCAAGGUAUUCGUGGCACGGCUUCCAGCGCCGGCGGAGGCGGUUCCGGAUCCCUGAGCCCAAGCAGCCGCACAUAUCGUGAGGAAAAAUCCUCCCUCCCCGUGUUGAAAGCGCAUCCUUCUGAAAAUCUGUGAUGCGUAUUUGUGACCACAAAUCCUGUCUGUCUUGCAUGCAGGCAAAUCCAGAGAAUCCGCCGCAUCAUGCAGGCGGUUUGUGAUGCUAUUGGGCCUACACCAUCGACGUUUUUCAUGCUAGGAGCCUACGCCAAAACAUCGCGGCUCAGGCUUGGCAUAUGCCUGCAGUCCUCUACUGCAAGACAAAUCUGGUCUGUGUACUGAAAUCCAGCAUCAGAAACCUCUUUUUGAUACCAGGCGGGGGAAUUUUUCCUUUUGAUAGCACGGGUAGAAACGCAGCGAGUGGCCACAGGAGGACCUCCAUGCACCUAACGACCUCUUCCGUCCUAUCCUGAGUAAAAACGUACCCACAUCAGAGUCAGGAUGGGGAUUGUGCAACACAAACCUAGCCGUUUUGUGAGUCACGCAUGACAAGUUGCACUCUGCAGUGUGGUGCAGGUUAGCAAGUGCAGCCGCAUCACAAAUCCAGCUGCUCAUCCUGUUCACAGCAUCACAAAUUCCAAAACACGACUGGAAAUGGCUCGCAUGGGGAUGCGCAUUACAAGUCUUCCUGUCUUUGCAAAUCUGCAUUACAACUCUGGCGUGGGUACGUUUUUACUCAGGAUACGUCCGGACGGGGGUCGCCGGAGCAGUGAUUGACAAGGUAUAGAACAAACUAUCUUUUGAUGCAAGAAGGACGGUUUGAAUACCGUUUGCCUGCCAAUCCGGAGAUGAAUCUGUUGUGAUGGAUCGUGUGACGGUGCCUGGUCGUGUGUGGCUAAACGCUUUUGGCUUGAUCAAUGCAGUGAGGUGCAUAGGUUUAGGUACAGACGAGAAGCACUUUUCUACAAUGAUACCAUCUUGUUGACCACAGGGUUCCGUCUCCGCUCUAAUUCCCUACGUUCUCCAGGGCGUGAAGCACGGCAUGCAAGAUCUCGGCACGAGAACCAUCGAGCAAAUGCAACGAGGGCUGUACGAGGGGGAGGUCCGGCUCGAGUGCCGUUCGGCCGCGGCGCAGAAGGAGGGGGCGGUGCAUGAUUUAGCGUCCGUACCGACCGUGCAGGACGGAAGCAAAAGCCGGGUCGUGUCACUGAAUAACAAGUGGAUGUAGUAACUCAUUGGCGAGACGCCGUCCACGAAAGCAAGCAUCUGGAAUAGCAAUAGAAGUAGAACUCGCCAAUGUUCUUGUCCACAGUAGAGCUAGCAUGAUUUCGCUGUUUUGAUAAAAAGGAUUCAGUGAGUGGCUAUUUUGAAGACACACGAAAUGUUGACAUACGAAAUAGACGCCGGCUAGCGCAAGGCUGAUAACGGAGCUAACCUGUCUGUCUUUUAAAUUUUGUACGUAAAAAAUCAUGCCCGAAUUCAAAGAAAUGCAAUUUUUCAAGAACAACCCAAUGUAAGAACUUAAGUUCUCUCCAUGGUCGUGUGCUAGCGCUAUUAGGAAGUCGGGAGUCAACAUUUUCAGCAUGGAGAUACCGGACAGCGGGUGGAUGCCCAUUGCGGUGGAUGGCGAAAGCUGUGGUCCUCGUGUUGGGCGACUGCGCAGCUGCGAUACUAUCC